GAGGAGCGGGUACCACCCAAUGAGGGUAUGUGACUGCUCUGGUCCUAUGGUUGAGAUCCAAAGAACUGGGAGUGACAUCAUCUUGUACAAUAAAAUUCCUCUUGGUGAGCGAAAGGCCUGCAUAAGAAAUGCAGAUUUGAGGAGCUGCAGUCCAGUUCAUCCACUGUCUCGUUCACGCCAGCUUAACACAGCAUCAGUUGGUGGCUGUCCUGGAGGAUCUUCUCUGAAGUCAUUGUAUGUAAAGAUGAUGUCUGAAAAAGCCAUGGCUAAAGUAAUGAUCAUCAUGCUGGCAGUUUGUCUUCUCACUCAAACAGAUGGGAAACCUGUUAAGAAGAGAGCUGUCAGUGAAAUACAGCUUAUGCACAACCUGGGCAAACACCUGGCCUCUAUGGAGAGGAUGCAAUGGCUGAGAAAGAAGCUGCAAGAUGUACACAAUUUUGUUAGCCUUGGAGUUCAAAUGGCGGCCAGAGAGGGUGGUUACCAGAGGCCUACCAAGAAGGAGGAAAAUGUCCUUGUUGAUGGCAAUCCAAAAAGUCUCGGAGAGGGAGACAAAGCUGAUGUGGAUGUAUUGGUUAAGGCUAAACCUCAGUAAGGGGCAACAUUAUAUGCUGCUACCUUCUCAAGCUCUGUGAAGAUCACCAAAUGCUAAUACUUCUACUGUAAUGAAAAUCCAGAAUUUUUUUUGAUUCUACCUUUGCUCAUUUAAGAUCUCUUUCAAUGAUUCCAUUUCAAUGUUCUUUUUAAAACAUGUUACUGCAGAACUUAUAAAAGAAUAACUUACACAU